AUGAGUAAUAAAAUGAAUAUUGACCAAACGGGGUCAGGCACCAUUGAUGAGGGAUUAUACUCCCGACAACUUUAUGUUUUGGGCCACGAAGCCAUGAAGCAAAUGAGUCAAUCAGAUGUUUUAAUUAUCGGAUGCAAAGGUCUCGGUGUUGAAAUUGCUAAAAACAUAUGUCUCGCUGGUGUCAAAAGCGUUACGCUAUAUGAUCCUCAACCUACUCAUAUCGAGGAUUUGUCUUCACAAUACUUUUUGACCGAAGAUGAUUUGGGCGUUUCUCGUGCUGAUGUCAGUGUGCCAAAAUUAGCUGAACUUAACCAAUAUGUUCCCGUGUCUUCGACUCCAGAGCUGUCGAUUCAAGAUUUGAAAAAAUACAAGUGUGUUGUUGUUACUGAAACUUCUCUCACAAAACAACUGGAAAUUAAUGACUUUACUCAUGAAAACAGAAUUGCAUUUAUCUCUACAGAUAGCCGCGGUCUUUUUGGUUCCGUGUUUUGCGACUUUGGACCAGAAUUUGUCUGCACUGAUGUGGAUGGAAACGAACCCUUAACUGGAAUGAUUGCAAAUAUUACUGACGAUGGCACUGUUACAAUGCUUGAAGAAACCCGCCACGGUUUAGAAGACGGUGAUUAUGUGAAGUUUACUGAAGUCAAGGGUGUGCCUGCUUUGAACAACGGCCAGCCCCGCAAAGUAGAAGUUAAGGGCCCUUACACCUUUUCUAUUGGAUCUAUUAAUGGUUUGGGCGGUUCCGCUGCGACUGGUGGUGUUUUCACUCAAGUCAAAAUGCCUCAAAAACUUACUUUCAAAUCUCUUCGUGAGUCUUUGAAGGAACCUGAAUAUGUAUUUCCUGAUUUUGGAAAAAUGCUGCGUCCUCCUCAAUAUCACGUUGCCUUCCAAGCACUUUCUUCGUUUGCUGAAACACACAACGGCGUUUUGCCUCGCCCCAGAAACAAUGCAGACGCUGGCGAAUUUCUUCAAAUUGCGAAGAAGAUCGGUGCUUCUUUUGAUUCGCAGUUAGAACUGGAUGAAAACCUUAUUAAAGAAGUUUCUUAUCAGGCCAGAGGCGAUCUUGUCGCCAUGUGCGCUUUCCUUGGUGGUAUAGUUGCUCAAGAAGUUUUGAAGUCUACUACUAGCAAAUUCUUCCCAUUUAAGCAAUUUUUCUACUUUGAUUCCCUUGAGAGUCUUCCAACCUCUGUGCAACUUAGUGAAGAAGCUUGUAAGCCUCGUGGCACUCGUUACGAUGGUCAAAUUGCAGUUUUUGGAAGUGAAUUUCAACAAAAAUUGAGCUCCUUAAAGCAAUUUUUGGUUGGUGCUGGUGCCAUUGGUUGUGAGAUGUUGAAGAAUUGGUCUAUGAUGGGUGUCUCCACUGGCGAAGAUGGUCAUAUUCACGUUACUGAUAUGGAUUCCAUUGAAAAAUCAAACUUGAACCGUCAGUUCCUUUUCAGAGCUCGCGAUGUUGGCAAGUUGAAGGCUGAAUCUGCUGCUAAUGCUGUUGCUGCCAUGAAUCCUUCUUUAACUGGCAAAAUUACCUCUUAUCAGGAACGUGUCGGACCGGAGAGCGAAGGCAUUUUCGGAGACGAAUUUUUUGAUAACCUUUCUAUAGUGACUAAUGCUCUGGAUAACGUCGAAGCUCGUUUGUACGUCGAUCGCCGCUGCGUGUUCUUUGAAAAGCCAUUGUUGGAGUCUGGUACUUUAGGUACAAAAGGUAAUACUCAAGUGGUUGUCCCUCACCUCACUGAAUCCUACGGUUCAUCCCAAGAUCCUCCCGAGAAGUCUUUCCCUAUCUGCACUCUCAAGAACUUUCCUAACCGCAUUGAGCAUACAAUUGCUUGGGCACGUGAUUUAUUCGAGGGGUUAUUUAAGCAACCUAUUGACAACGUGAACUUGUACCUCAGUUCCCCCAAUUUCUUGGAAACAACCUUGAAAACUAGCAGUAACCCUCGUGAAGUUUUAGAAAACAUUCGCGAUUACCUUGUUAGCGAAAAGCCUCUCUCCUUUGAGGAAUGUAUCAUUUGGGCUCGUGGCCAAUUUGAAAAGUUCUUUAAUCAUAACAUUCAGCAAUUACUUUACAACUUCCCCAAGGACGCUGUUACUUCGAAUGGACAACCUUUCUGGACUGGUCCAAAGCGUGCUCCUUCUCCUUUGGCAUUCGACAUUAACAAUCGUGCUCACUUUGAUUUCAUCGUCGCUGCUGCCAGCAUUUAUGCUUUCAAUUACGGUUUGAAGGAGGAAACUGAUCCUGCUCUUUAUGAACGGGUUCUUUCUAGCUUCAAGCCUGCUGAAUAUUCUCCCAAGAGCGGUGUGAAGAUUCAAGUUAAUGAGUCUGAUGAGGCACCAGAAGCAGCUGCUAAUUCCGAUAAGCAAGAGUUAAAAUCUAUUGCUGAUAGCUUACCUCCUCCAUCUUCUUUGGCUGGCUUUAGAUUGACACCUGCAGAUUUUGAAAAAGACGAUGACACCAACCAUCACAUUGAUUUUAUCACUGCAGCUUCCAACCUUCGAGCUUUGAAUUACGAAAUUACGACUGCUGAUCGUUUUAAGACAAAAUUUGUUGCUGGCAAGAUUGUUCCAGCUAUGUGUACUUCUACUGCUGUUGUUUCUGGUUUGGUUUGCUUAGAAUUGGUGAAGUUGGUAGAUGGUAAGAAAAAGUUUGAAGACUUUAAGAAUGGUUUCUUCAAUCUUGCUAUUGGACUUUUCACAUUCUCAGAUCCUAUUGGAUCUCCCAAGAUGAAGUUUAACGAAAAGGAGGUUGACAAAAUCUGGGACCGAUUUAAUCUUCCCAACUUUACCCUCCAAAACCUUAUAGACCACUUUUCUGAAAAGGAGGGCUUGGAAGUCACUAUGCUCUCUUCUGGUGUUUCUUUGCUUUACGCUAAUUUCCAACCACCCAAAAAACUUGCGGAGCGUCUACCUCUUAAGAUAUCUGAUUUGGUUGAGCAAAUUUCCAAGAAGAAGCUGGAGCCAUUUAGAAAACACUUAAUUUUAGAAGUGUGUUGCGAUGACAAAGACGGUGAAGAUGUUGAAGUUCCCUUCAUUACUGUCAAAGUAUAA